AUGUGCUAUAUCAACAUGAUCACCUGGGUCCAGUGUGAACACUUUCGAGUCGUCACGCAGAUGUGUGCAGAGGCCCAGCGACGACAGCCGGCACAAUUCUGCAAGACUGCCCAUGAACCCAUUGCCACAGAUGUGACUGCGGACCGCGGUCCUUGUCCGGACAAGAAGCGACAUCCGUCUGCGGUGUAUGAUUCCACCAGCGUCGCUUGGGCCCAGAGUUUGGGGAUUACAAGCACGAGUGAGAGGAAGAUGCGGAGAAGGGGUUGA